AACUACGGGGAGCACACGUUUAAAGAACAGCUUCAUCUCACUAUAUUUUAUUCUUCCUACUUUCUCAUCUCCUCUUUCAAAAAAAAACACAAGAAGAAAUUUACAGUGGCUGAUUAACCUACCAACCCGCACAUAUUUGGGACUUUAGAGGAAACCAGACCUCAGCGGCAGAACCUGCAAAACCACACAGACAGUACAUGAGCUCAGUUUCUAAAGAAAAGAGUCGUACCAAAUCCGAAGUACAAUUAUGUCCGAGCACGGAUUGAUACUGGACUUCCUCACUGGUGGAAACAUCUCAACGUCUAUUCUAUCAUGCCCUACAGGAUCUUAUAUGCGUCAAUAAAAUCGCCUCUCAUUCUUCGAAACAAUCACUGCAGGACACAGCCUUUCAAAGUACAUGGAGAAAAUUGAAGAGUUAAGAAGAAAUUAUAGAUAUAAAAGAGAUGAAUUAUUCAAAAGAUUGAAAGUCACUACAUUUGCCCAGUUGGUGCUACAAGUGGCUUCUGUGAAUGAGCAAGAUAAUGGGGUGUUUGAAGAUCUGCAACAGGAGGAAGAUUUGAAUUCUGUUGUCUCUGCGAAUGAGCCUGAGCUGGGUGCAAUAAAGAGAAAUGAUGAUCAAAGUCCAGUGGAAAAAACACAGAAAUCUCCAAUAGAAUUAAUAAGUAAUGAUGAGUCAGAUGAAAAACCACUAACGGCUCGUUCCACCCUCCAAAGUGUUAUAAGUGGUGUUGGGGAAAUUGACCUGGAGAGGAAACAGAAAGAGUUCCAUUCUAAGCCUUCUGAAUGUCCUGAAAAAACAGAUGGUCCUUAUCCGGACUGCCCUUAUCUGUUGUUGGAUGUACGAGACCGGGACGCCUAUGAAAAAUGUCAUAUUAUUGGAGCGUACAAUUAUCCUAUAGCAAUGUUAUCGCGGACAAUGAAUCCGUAUACAAAGGAGGUUCUGGAAUAUAAAAACACACCUGGGAAAAUCAUUCUUCUUUACGACGAAGAUGAACGAAUAGCUAGUCAGGCUGCCACAACGUUGUGUGAGAGAGGCUUUGAGAAUCUGUUUAUGCUGUCAGGAGGACUGAAAGUAGUUGCCCAGAUGUUCCCACAAGGACUAACCACUGGAUCCAUUCCACCAUCGUGUCAACCUCCAGUUGUCCCAACACCUCGUCAGAGGCGAUCAACAGCUCAAGAACCAACACUCCCUGCAGAGGAUAAGUUCCGGUUCACUGAAGAAGAUUUAAACAAGAUUCGGUAUAGCUUGGAUGAGAUCCUGGUUCCUGCCAGCAAUUACAGCCACCUUUCAUCAUCAAGAACACGACUGAAAACAUCUGCCAGCCAUACGUCCUCGCUCGCUGGCUCCAUCAGUGCCCGAUCACGGACAAGCAGCAUCCAAAGCAAGCCGUGGAAAUGAGCGAAAGAAUAUCACUUCUGUUUUAAGCCUGAUUUUUUUUUUACUGUGUUUUAACUAUCAGCUGUUAUUGUGCUGAGAACCUAUGGAAAAUGUGCAUCAUUGACAUUCAGUUACAAAAAUAAUACAGCUGAUGCAUUAUAUGUUAAUAGACACUGUUGAUUGCAAUAGCAAACAAGUUGUAGAGAGUAAAAGCUUUGUGAUAUUUAAGAUCAUCUUAAAUUAAAGUACAUAUUUUUAACUUUAUAGCUUUCAGCUCCAACCAAAAGCAGAAGAAAAGGAUUGGAGCAGAAGCGCCAUUGUAGAAUAAUUUCUCAUCCUGUCUUACAAAGCAUCAAGACUUGGAAUACACAAUAGAAUCUCAAUUUUGCUGCUUUCUGGUAUAAAUUUUAAUAUGAAUGCUAAGUAUUUUGCACAGAACAACCCUUCGCAUUACAAGUGCUAUACUUUCCCCACCGUGGCUCCAAAGGAAGAAUGUUCUCCAUAUUGAUCCUUGUGCUAUUUUGAAUCAUUGGUUCUAAGAGUUAUUCACUUCUCCUGCACCCUCCCCCACUGCCACAACUAAAUAGUGAAAGAAUACAUGAUAUGCCACCAAAAUUCCAUAUAACCAAUCCUAGUGUCAUGCUUUGAAAAACUUUUUAUUUUUGUGGGGUGUGGGGGGGGUCCUUGUGAAUCUCAUUGUUCAGUUAUUUUUGCCUCUGAGGAAUGUGCAUAAUAUCUUAUCCCAUGACCCUGUACUUAUUUUAUUCUAAUUCCCUUGCCUAUGUACCUGUCAAUGUGGCAAGCAAUCUAUUUGCUUACAAGAGAGUAAUAAACUGACUAGUUUAUUUAACCUGCAGGGCUUCUGUUUAAAAUUAGUUUGAUAUUAUAAGCACAUGGACGUAUGUUACACACCUUUUUUUUAAACUAUUGUUUGGAAGCAUCUGGACAAAAUGCUGAUGCAAUUGUGUAAUCAAAAUGAAUGUGCAAUUUGCUACACUUCUCUACAGAUGUUUCACUGAAAUGAAGUGGAGGCAAGUCUGUGAUGGGUUAUUAUUUAUCUUGUCUGAAUACAUGCAAGUUGCUUAAAACCAAAAUAAAUGUAGUUUUAAAAUUCAA